UGAAAUUCUGGUUUCCUCUAUGGAUUUUUUUUCAAAGUCUUGAUUUGGUUCAAAGCUCCGAGUUUUUCUUCAAAAAAUCACUCUCUGAGUCCCCAGUUCCCCACCAGAACUGCUUGGAGGGAAGCAAAUGAAUCUUCCAUUUCUACCCCUUUGUGCCCUCCUCCUCCUCCUCUCCGCCUUCUCCUCUGCCGACAUUCGCCCCGGCGCCACCCUCCACGCUUCCCACCUCAACGACUCCUGGACCUCCCCCAACUCCACCUUCUCUCUGCGCUUCAUCGCCGCCACCCCCACCUCCUUCUCCGCCGCCAUCACCUGCGCCCACAUUCCCAUUUGGAGGGCCGGCGGCGCCUCACCCACCGUCGUCGACUCCGGAGGCUCCUUUCAGUUCCUCACUUCUGGCAACCUCCGCCUCGUCAACGGUUCCGGAACCAUCCUCUGGGAGUCCGGCACCGCCGGGCACGGCGUCUCCCAUGCAGUCCUCGACGACUCAGGUAACCUCGUCCUUCGAAACGGCACCAUUUCAGUGUGGUCCACCUUUGAAAACCCAACAGAUACUAUUGUUCCCUCUCAAAUUUUCACAAGCUUCAACACGUUGCGAGCUGGGUCAUUCUCAUUUAGCCUAACUAAAUCUGGGAAUCUCACUCUUAGAUGGAAUAAUAGUAUAGUGUAUUGGAACCAAGGCUUGAACUCUUCAGUCAGUAGCAAUUUGACUUCACCCAGUUUUGGAAUUCAAUCGCUUGGGAUUUUAACACUUUCUGAUCCCACAUUAUCCGCCUCUGUAGUUAUGGCUUACAGUAGUGAUUAUGCUGAAGGCAGUGAUAUGCUCAGAUUUGUGAGGUUAGAUAGUGAUGGAAACUUAAGAAUUUAUAGCUUCGAUAGGGGUAGUAGAAUAUCUACUGUGAGGUGGGCUGCUGUUAAGGAUCAGUGUGAGGUUUUCGGAUAUUGCGGAGAUCUGGGGAUUUGUAGUUAUCAUGAUUCCAGUCCGGUUUGCAGUUGCCCCUCUGAGAAUUUUGAGCAUGUUGAUCCCAAGGAUAGUACUAAGGGGUGCAAGAGGAAGGAAGAGAUUGAGAAUUGUGCUGGGGUUGUCACCAUGUUGGAGUUGCAGCAUGCCAAGUUCUUGACCUACCCUCCAGAGUCCCCCUCACAAGUUUUCUUUGUUGGCAUAUUGGCUUGUAGGUUGAAUUGUCUUAUGGGAGGGGCUUGUGUUGCUUCAACUUCACUGUCAGACGGCACGGGCUCGUGUUAUAUGAAAGUUCCCGGUUUUGUAAGUGGGUAUCAAUCACCUACAUUGCCUAGUACUUCAUAUAUUAAGGUUUGUGGACCUGUGUCUCCAAACCCAUCUGCAUCUUUGAAUGGUGGAGACGACACUUCUUGCAAAUUGCAUAUGUGGAUAGUCGCUGCUGUGGUUGUGGGUACCCUUUUGGGUUUGGUUUUAUUGCAGGUGGGUUUGUGGUGGUGGUGCUGCUGUAGAAACACCCCCAAGUUUUGGGGAUCAUCAGUUCCACAUGCCCUUCUCGAGUAUGCAUCUGGUGCUCCUGUGCGGUUCUCAUACAAGGACCUCCGCAAUUCGACUAAGGGAUUCAAGGAGAAGCUUGGAGCAGGAGGAUUUGGGGCUGUUUACAGAGGGGUUCUUGCUAACAGAACCAUUGUUGCAGUGAAACAACUUGAGGGCAUUGAACAGGGGGAGAAACAGUUCAGGAUGGAGGUUGCAACCAUAAGUAGUACCCACCAUUUGAAUUUGGUGAGGUUGAUCGGUUUCUGCUCUGAGGGACGUCACAGGCUUCUGGUGUACGAGUUCAUGAAAAAUGGAUCCCUCGAUAUCUUCCUCUUUCCAACAGGAGGGCAUUCAGGGAGAUUGUUAAAUUGGGAAAGCCGAUUUAGUAUAGCCCUUGGCACUGCGAGGGGAAUCACAUACCUUCAUGAGGAGUGUCGAGACUGCAUUGUCCAUUGUGAUAUAAAGCCUGAAAACAUUCUCUUGGAUGAGAAUUACAGUGCCAAAGUGUCAGAUUUUGGCCUUGCAAAGCUCAUAAACCUCAAGGACCAUAGGUACCGAACCUUGACGAGUGUGAGAGGAACUAGAGGAUAUUUGGCGCCAGAAUGGCUUGCAAAUCUUCCAAUAACUUCAAAAUCUGAUGUCUACGGCUAUGGUAUGGUGCUGUUGGAGAUGGUGAGUGGGAGAAGGAAUUUUGAAGUAUCAGCAGAAAGUAAUGGGAAAAAGUUUUCAGUGUGGGCAUAUGAAGAGUUUGAGAAGGGAAACAUGGAGGGGAUAGUGGACAAGAGGCUUGUUGACAGGGAGGUAAACAUGGAGCAAGCCAAGAGAGCAGUUGAGGUGAGCUUUUGGUGCAUCCAGGAGCAACCCUCUCAGAGGCCAACGAUGGGGAAAGUAGUCCAAAUGCUGGAAGGAAUUAUAGAGAUUGAGAAGCCACCAGCCCCAAAGGCCGGUACCCAAGAGUGUAUUGGAGAAAGUAGUGGAAAUGUGAGUAGUAAGGUAGUGGCUGUUCCUCACUCCUCAUCUUCAUUGCUGGAAAAAACAGGAUGUUCAUCAUUUGUUUCAGGGAGGACUGUGGAGAAAUCAUCAUCUCUUUCAGCAAGGAAUGUGGAGAUAGCCUCUGCAUGCCUUUUGCAGUCAGAAACUUAGCUCCAGACUUGGUAUUUGCCCACAAGAACAGAUUCCGUACUUAAGUUGUUGCUCAAAUACCCUAUAUAUUUUGUAAUUGUCUUAGAAAGUGUACCACAUCGUAAUUAUGAAGACAGGAACUGGUAUCAGAGACGAGCAGUUUGCCGUUUGUACAAAUUUGAAUUUCAGUUCAAAGGAGGAUUGAAACUUAAAACUUAA